AUGCCAGCACAGAGUAAUAUGGACUCUGAACGAGAAGAAGGAGAGAUUGUAGAUGAGCUGGAUGAUUUGUCGGAUAUUUCAUCGGAGGAAGAGUUCUUGCUGAGAAAGCGAUUAGAAAUCCUCGAGAAUUAUAAUAAUGUCCUUGAGCGUAAAGAAGCUAAACGAAGUUGUAAUGGAUCAGGUAUGACCAAAAAAACUACAACUUUGUGCCCAGAUAUUUCUUUGGAGCAUGAAAAGGGUAGAUCUCAAAUAUACAGAAUAGUAAAAAAUGACAAGUUUCUAAAAAAAACAAAAAGAUGUAUGGAAAAUGAAAAGUUAGAUGUAAAAACCAUAAGUAAUAGGAAAAAAUACUGUGUCAAAAAAGCACAAACUUUAAAACAAGAUAGUGAGUCUAGUGAAGAUUCAAAUGAUGAGGAAUAUAAAACGAAGCGCCAGAAACUCGCUGAUGCUGUGACUCUCACUACAAAAAAAGUUGAUAGCACUUCACUUAAGGACAGAUUAGCUAAAAUGUUAAAUCCACGACAAAAAACUAAUGAUUCAAAUAUUAUUCAAAAUACAAUAUUGUCUGGUUCAACCACUGUACCAUGUAAAAUGGAGGAUCAUACAGACACACAAGUUAAUUCACCUACCAAAAAUAUAGAAAAUUGUGAAAUCCAAAGUGCUAACAUAUCUACAGAUGAUGAUGUAAAAGUAUUGUCUGAUAAAGAAACAUGUGAUGUGGUUGAUGGAUUAGCUAAAAGUAGAAUACCAAAAUGUGAUAGAGGAGGUAGUUCAGAUGAAGAUUUGGAAUCACUGAGACAAUUAGCGCUAAAUACAAAACCUUCCAAACAAUGCCUUAGUCUGCCUGAUAUUCCGAAUACAAAUAAAGAAAACAUAGAAAAAGUAGACUCGGAAAUUGAAGACAGUGAUACUGAGGAAUUAAGACUUAUUUGUUUGAGGUCUGCAUUGUUGAAAAAAGCAAUGGAAAUGAAAAAGAAGCAAAAAUUACAAAAACGACUUUCACAGCAUUCAAUUUCAAUCAAUGAUGUUGUGGACACUUGUGACAGUAAUGGCAACAACACAGAUGUAGAGAAUGUUGAUAUGGAUAUUGGUUCAGAUAUAGAUGAAAAGGAAAAAGAUAUUUGUGAUAACCCCGUAACAUGUGAAAAUCAUUUGGACGAUAAUCAAGUCAAAGAAACAAAGCAUGAAAUUAAAGCCAUUAAUGAUGAACUUGAAGAAGAUGAAGAUCUAUUGAGAGCAAAACUAUUAACUUCCUUAAGUAAAAAUUUACCAGUCCUUGUUGAUUUAAGUACACUUAAUACAAAAGAUACAAAGGAAGAGACAGUUAAGGGAAUAACUACAAAAAUAAAUGUUCCAGAGAAAAAGUUCAUUAUACAACUAGGUGAUUCUGAUUCAGAAGGAGAACAUGAGGCUACUAAGAAUUUAACUAAAAUGCACAUGAAGUUAGCUGAACAGACAGAAUUUCAACAGAAACUGGAUCAAUUCCUUAAAUCAACACGAAUGAAAGUUGAAAAAGAUACUGUACCAGGUGUAGUCAAGCAGCCAAUUGCUACUCAACCGCCUCAGAAGUUUGUGCCAAAGGCCAUGAAACACUUGCCCAAAUCGGAGCAAAUUGAGUAUAAGAAUUUGGUGAAGAGGAUGGCAGAAUUAGAGAAAUUAAAGCAAGCAAGACAAUUGUCAUUGAAUAACCUUAAUAAAAGUGUGAAAGAAACAUUGAAACCCAGAAAUAUUUCAAGCGAAAUAUCUCCAAAUAAACUAGAAGAAAAAAUUGCCAGCUCCAGAAAAAUGAUAGCAGAAGAGUCAGCUAAAAUGUUAAAGCUAAAAGAGGAAGCAAAUAAGUUAUCACAGAGAUAUAAGAUUGUUGCAAAUGAAUUGAGAAAUAUUACAACUGCUGUCACUUUAAAUAAGAAGCAACAAAGAACUGUUCAGAAUGGAUUAACAAAAAUACGAUUGCAACAUCAGUUGUUGUUGAAGAGCUCAACCAUCAAACAUUCCAUUACAAACCAUCUUCCUGUACAUAAUCAAAGCAAUAAAGUCAAUAAUAAGAUACAGAAAGAAAAUGAUCCCUUGAUAAAAGAACACAAAAAUCCAAACAUGUUAAAGUCUGUUAAAGUUAGUGUGGUCAAUGAUUUAAAAGAAACAACAAAUAAUUCAAAAUUGUCUGUGGAAGUUGAUAUUACUAGAAAUAAAAAAGUGAUAAAGGUGCAAAAAGCACCUAAUAAAGAUAGAACUGUAGAUAUACAGGACAGUGGCAUAUCCACCAGUGUAUGUAAUGAAAAGCAAAAUUUAACGGAAAAGGGUGGAGGGAGAAUAAAAGACGAAGAUGAACCAAAAGAUUAUAUCUCUCCCUUAGAAGCGCUGGCGCAAUCAGAUUGGAAGGAGGAUCCGAACGCACUCCUGUGCCCGUACGACGUCGCCGGCAGCUGUCGGGACACUGACUGCAAAUACCUACACUUGCAAAGCACACAAUGA